AUGCCGGCAAGGAGGAGAACUGCAAACACGCCGUCGACAAGCAAGGAUGCGGGCGAGUCACCGAUGAGUCCCCAAGCAGACGAUCCAGCGUAUCAGUUGAAACGAAAGAAAAACAAUGAGGCAGUGCAGCGCACUCGCGAGAAAACCAAGAAAACGGCGGAAGAGCGAAAGAAACGCAUCGACGGCCUGCGAAGGGAAAACGACCAGCUAAAAGUUCAAAUAGAGCAGGGCGAGAAACACAUAGCUACAUUGCGUGACCUGAUCAUACACGGUGAGAAAACGGAGGACGGACAUCGAAUCAUCGAAGAGAUCCUGGCCGGGCCCGAGCCCAACGAUGACAAUGACUAACGAGCAGCUGCUCCUAAUAUACCUAAUCUUGUUCACCUACUUUUAAGAUGGAUUCCUGGGAACCGCAUGAAAUCCAAACAAUCUAUUUUUAACCCUUUCUUAAGUGCCGUUUCAACUCGAUUAUAUUUAAUGUACGAAUAAAUAUGUCUAAAAAAUCUAUCACAAUUUCUGUGUGCUGUACUUUAAAAAAUAAAAGGUACAUUCAUAUGUUAUUCAAAUGAUUUAAUUAAUAUCAAGUUCUUAUUCACAUUAUAGAUAGCACUGUUUAGCUUUAAAUACUGUCAGUUUAUCUAUGACAAAUAAAAUAUCUACAUAUAUCUUUUGCCACGUGAAAAAUAA